AUGUGCAUUUGGCGUAGCUUCGGGCAAGUUCUUGGGCUUUAUGAUCACUCACCGGGGAUAGAGGCUAACCUUGACAAAAUACAAGCCUUGGCAUCUAUGGAAUCACCAAGGAACAAGAAAGAGGUACAGAGGUUGACUGGUAGGAUAGCAGCCUUGAAUAUGUUCAUGUCCCGAGCAUCAGACAGGUGCUAUCCCUACUUCAAAGUCCUAAGAGGAAACCAAGGCUUUGAUUGGAGUGAAGACUGUGAGAAAGCUUUUCAGGAGCUCAAGCAAACAUUGGCAUCUCCUUCUAUUCUCACUAGGCCUGAGCCUGGUGACACCUUAUUUUUGUACUUGGCCGUAUCUCAAAACGCGGUCAGCGGGGUCUUGGUGAAAGAGUAUCUUCAGUCUCACCUUAUUGUGGUGCUCACUAAUCAACCACUUAAGCAUAUACUUCAGAAGCCGGACGUCUCAGGAAGACUGAUGAAAUGGGCGAUCGAGCUUGGAGAAUUUGACAUCGAAUUCAAACCAUGCCCAUCUAUCAAAGCCCAAGCACUACCCGACUUUAUUGCAGAACUAACCCCUAGGCCUCGGGGGCCAGGUGACGGCUCGAGCAUGAGCACCAAUUUGAACACUUGGCAAAUUUUUGUAGAUGGAGCAUCGAACUCCUCGGGCUCGGGUGCAGGGGUCAUCAUCAUCAGCCCUGACAAACAUACGGAGAUUCAAUGCUCUCUUAGGUUCGAGUUUGAAGCAACCAAUAACGAGGCCGAGUAUGAGGCCGUCGUUAUUGCUCUGGAGCUAGCCCUUAGCCUUGAGCUCGAGUUCAUGGAGGUAUUCAGCGAUUCACAACUGGUGGUCGGAUAUAUUGAAGGAUCAUUUGAAAGGAAAGAUGAGAAAAUGAGUUUGUACUGCAUGAAGGUUCAGGAUCUCCAACGAAAAUUCAAGAGUUGUGAAAUUGCAAAAGUUGCUCGAAAGGACAACGGAAAAGCCGACGCAUUAUCCAGGCUUGUGUUCAUGGGGGUAGACAGCCUGGACAGAAUAGUUCACAUCAAAGUUAUCACAGAACCCAGCAUCAAUCAAAUCCCCGACGUCGUGGACAUUGACAACGAACCGUCUUGGAUGGACCUAAUCAUAGAAUUCAUCACAAGUGGAAAUCUACCAAGCGAUGCCAGGUUGGCUAGAAACAUCAGAGCUCGAGCUCCUAGGUACUGCAUGAUCAGCGGUGUCCUCUUUCGCAGAAGUAUUACUCUUCCAUACCUAAGGUGCCUUAGAGAAUUAGAAUCAUCCCAGGCCCUUGCUGAAGUUCAUGAAGGUGUGUGCGGGAAUCAUCAAGGAGCCAGGGCCCUGGCCUUUAAACUCAUACGAUAUGGGUACUAUUGGCCAACUAUGAAGAAAGACGCCUCAGAAUAUGUUAAGAGAUGUGAUAGGUGCCAGAGGUUUGGUAAUGUUAUCCACUCACCAGCCGAAGACCUCACCAACAUUAACUGUUCGGCCUCGUUUGAACAAUGGGGAGUUGACAUCCUCGACCCCUUUCCUGUGGCAAGAGGCCAAUUAAAGUUUGUUGCUGUAGCAGUAGAGUAUUUUACAAAAUGGGCAGAGGCCGAACCUCUCGCCACGAUAUGCUCAAUCUCACCUUUCUACUAUGGUCCUAGGUAUCUCCCUGAGACCUCGAGGUAUUUUGGUCCUCGAGGUAGCUCAUGUAAAUAUUAA